UCCCCAGCAUCUCCACUAAGCUACCCACACGGCCACAUCGCUCUUCGCCCCUCGAUCUCAUCUCUCGACUCUCGUGCACGCCCACACCAGCCGGAGAGCUAGCAAAAAGGAAAAAGGGCAACACUUCCAAGUUCCAAGCACCAACCAUCGUCCCUCGUUCUUAUCCCCUCCUCGAUCGGUGGUUCUUUGCUGAUUGUGUGUCGAGUGCUCGAACACAAGGGAGCGCGCCAGGGAAGAAGAAGAGCUUGCAGCAAUGGCCUUGCAGCUGCAGUCCCCGUCGCCGCUGCUGCGCGCGGCGCCAGCGGCCGGGCCCGCGCUCCGGUCGGCGUUCUGCGCACCGCCGCUGUCGGUGCGGCUGCCGGGCAGGGCGACGUCCAUGGCGGCUUCAGCAUCGGCGGCGCGGAUCACGAUGCGCUUCGGCGGCGUCGCGUCGAAGCAGGCCUACAUCUGCCGGGACUGCGGGUACAUAUACAAGGACAGGACUCCGUUCGAGAAGCAGUCCGAUGAUUACUUCUGCCCUGUCUGUGCUGCUCCCAAGAGAAGAUUCAGGCCGUACGAUCCACCCGUGGCCAAGAACGCCAACGCCACCGACGCACGCAAGGCACGCAAGGAGCAGCUGAAGAAGGACGAAAGCGUGGGGAAAGCUUUGCCUAUCGGUAUUGCCGUUGGGAUCGUUGCACUCGCCGCCUUAUUCUUCUACCUGAACAGUGUCUAUUAGAUGAAGAGAAGAAAAGAAAGAAAAGGAAAAAUCGCCUGGUGUGCGGAAAAGAAAUAUUUAAGACUGUUUCUGCCGUACGUUUGCCUCUCUGUAUACGUAUGGUCAUAUAGAACGAAUAUAGAGUAUUGUUUUGUUGGUCCACAACUAGCCAUGCUGAAAUAUUGAAUGCCUACUAUAUUUUGACCUUUG